AUGCCUACUCCUGCUGAACUUUUGGCCGCCGCCCACGCCGCUGCUCAAGCCGAUAUCCUUGAUGACGUGGUCUACGACGAUGCCGCCGCCGCCACCACCACUGCUGCUGCUGCUCCUGCCACCAGAUCUUCCUUGGGCUCCAGAUCCUCUGUCUCCCGUGCUACCAUCAAUGAUGACUCUGCUUUCCCUGCCUUGGGUACCGUGCCUCAAUCCUCUGCUUCCUCUGCCUCCUCUUGGGGCCCAAAGAUGGGCAAGUCGUUUGUCUCUUCAGCUCCAUCUUCCUCCGCUUCGUCUUCUUCUUCUUCUACCACCACUACCAAGUCCAAGUCCGUUGCCAUGCGCUCCAAGUCUAUCCAAGAAGCUUUCUCUUUGGACUUUGAUGACCAAUUGAACGUCAGCAAGUCCGAAUUCGCUAACAUCUUGAACGGCUUGAAGAAAACUACCAAAUGUAACAUCGAAUGUACCUCUUCUCAACAAACUAAAAAGAGAACUUUCUUGCUUACUGGUGAACCUAAUGAAAUUGCCCGUGUCAGAAGAGAAAUCCUCCGUCGUCUUACCAAACCUGUUAACAUCGUGUUCUCCAUUCCAAGCUCUACCCGUUCCGUGGUUAUUGGUUCCGGUGGCAGAAACUUGAAGCCAAUCAUCGAAUCUAACAGCGUUAAGAUCAACAUCGACCGUGAAACCACUCCUGAAGUCGAUGGCGAAGAAGAUAUCUUUGGUGGCUCAGUUAACGUUUCCAUUCAAGGUGAUAUCCAAGGCGUUAACGACGCCAAGGCACAAAUUUUGGCCAUCGUCGAUGAACACACCAAGUCUUUGACCACCAAGUUGACUAUUGACAGCGAAGUCGCCCCAUUUAUCGAAGGUGAACUCAAGGAUUUGCAUGUAUCCGACGAUGUUUCUUUGUACGUUUCUCCAUCUGGUCUUGUCUCCAUCACCGGUCCUCGUGAAGCCAUUGUCGACUUGCGUAACAAUGUCAAGAUUCUUGCUGACCAAUUGACUACCCGUAUCAUCACUAAAGAACAAAACGUUCCAAAGAAAUUCCAUAAAUUCAUCGAUACCCAGGAAAUUCUUGAUGAUUUGAAUGUUGUUGUGGAGAUUCCAUUCGAAGAAGAAGAUUCUCAAGUGGUCAAAUUCAUCGGUGACAAAAAUAAGAUCAAUGCUGCCAUCAACAAGGCCAAGCAAUCUUCUCAAAAACACACCAUCGAAUCUUUGAACAUUGCUCGUGCCCAUAACAAUAACUUGGACCAUGGGAAAAAAUUGGGGAUCUACUUGAAGCAAUCUAGUGCUCUUGACCCUAUUGCUUCUGCUCACAAUGUUCAAAUUUACCUUCCUAGUUAUGAGACUCUUUUAUCUGAAAAGACUAAGACCGUUACUCUUGACUUUGUCUAUGAUAACCUCGAUGAAUUCAAGGCCGCUAAAAAGGCUGUGGUUGAAUUUGUCAACAAGUUCACCCCAACCAACUUGAAAACCAUCUCUGACAUUGAUUCUUUCUUUGCUGGCGAAGUCUCCACCGUUACCGAUGAUGUUGCUAAAGAAUCCAGUGUGGCGGUUAUCCCAUUUGCUGCUUUGAACACCAAGGCCAAAUCAAAUGAUAUCUUGCUUGUUUCUGUUGGUACCGACGAUGAUGAUUUUGGUCCAUCUAUUGAUGAAAUCAAUGAAAAAUUCAACAAGAUUGACGCCACUCUUGCCAACUUCCGUGAAUUGGGUAAAGAUAUCGUUACCAAGACUUUGUCUGUUCCAUCUGCUGAACAAACCCACAUUGCUGGUCCAAACAAUUCUACUUUGCGUUCCCUUAAGGCUGGUGUUGCCAACCCAUUGGAAAUUUCAUUGCACCAACCAACUGAUGAUGAAGUCACCGUUCAUGGUUUGACCAAGGACGUUGCUUCCACCAUUGAAGAAAUUAAGCAAGUUCUUCAAGACGCUAAAGAUUAUGCGGUGGCCUCAUCUUACAAAACUACUCUCGAAUUCCCAACCGCUGUGCUUUCUCGUCUUAUUGGUAAGAGCGGUGCUCACCUUAACAGUCUUCGUGACGAACACGGGGUUCGUGUCGAUGUUGCUAAAGACGAUGCCGGCUCCAAACCAGAAACCACUACCGUUACCGUCACUGGUAUCAAGCGUAAUGCCGAAGAAACCAAAUUAAAGAUCAUUGCUUUGGGUAAAUCAUGGGCCGAUGAAACCACCGAAACUAUCAGAGUUCCACAACAAUACCAACGUCGUUUGAUUGGGCCAAAGGGUUUGUAUGUCAACCGUUUGCAAGAUAAGUACAACGUUCGUAUCAAGUUCCCUCACGAAGACCAAGCUGCUAAGAAGGACGAAGUUAUCGUUAAGGGUCCAUCUAAGGGAGCCAAGAAAGCUAUCGAUGAAUUGAAAGAUUUGCUCAAUUACGAAAUCGAAAAUGGUCACAAGAGCGUUGUGUCAGUGCCAACUGCCGCCAUUUCUCGUAUCAUUGGUAAGAGCGGUUCUAAACUUAAUGCUCUUCGUGAUGAGUUUGGGGUUGAAAUCGAUAUCGCCGACAAAGCUGAUAGCCACAGUAAAGUUGAAAUUACCGGUACCAAGCAAGCUAUCAAGGAAGUUGAAGCUAAGAUCAAGGAAGUUGUCAAUGAAGUGGAAAACACCAUCACUGAAGAAUUAGAAGUUGAUCCAAAACAUUACCGUGCCAUCUUGGGUUCUAACGGUUCUAACUUGCGUAACAUCUUGUCAAAGGCCAAGGCCCCAGAAGACCCAAGCACCUGGUACCGUUUGCUCGUUAUUCCAGACAAGGGCUCUGAAUCUCACAAGAUCAGCUCUACUGGUGACCGUAGUGUUGUUACUUCUAUUAUCAACCAAGUUAAGGCCAUUGUCGCUGAAGAGGAAAACAGCAUUACUGAAGAGCUUACUAUUCCACAAGAAAAGCACCGUCUCCUUAUUGGACCAUCCGGUUCUACUCGUCGUGAAAUUGAAACUAAGUUCAAUGUUACUGUGAUGAUUCCACGUAUUUCUGAAAAAUCCGAUAUUGUUAAGAUCAAGGGUCUUUCAGAAGCCGUCGAAAGUGCUAAGGAACAUAUCAUCAAGGUCACUGCCGACAACUGGUCUGCUGUCAUUGACGUUCCUGCUAAAUUCCACGCUGGUUUGGCUCAAAAGGGGGCAGUCUUCAAGAAAUUGAGAUCUAGUUACGGUAUCAAGGUUGAACACGGUCAACUCGCCAGAGAUGCUUCCAAGUUGUCCAACGCCAAGGUUUCUAUUCCAGAGUCCGCCCGUGCUGGCGAGGGUGCAUCUAACUGGACUUUGGUCGAAGACAACGAUGCUUCUGUGGAUAGCGAUGCUGGCAAGGUUAUUCCAUGGAGACUUGUUGGCAAGGAAGAAGACGCUGCCAAGGCCAAGAAGUUCCUUGAACAACAAUUGGAAACUAUUUCCAAGCAUAACUACACUGGGUACUUGUACCUUGCUGACCGUAGUAACUUCAGUAAAGUUAUUGGUCCAAAGGGUGCUACUGUGGAAAAAAUCAGAAAGAACACCGGUGCUAACAUCAACAUUCCUCAAGCUCAUGAUGAAAUCAAUGAUGUUAUUGUUGUGAGAGGUAAUAAGGAAGGUGUUGAACAAGCCAAGGAAGAAAUCUUGAAAUUGCUUUAA